GCAUGCGUUUUAUUCCAUCUUGGUUGUUUUCUUUGGUUUGUUUUUGCUGCAAUUCCAGCUACCAUAAUGGGAAAAAUGAGUCCUUGGAAGAAAGGGAAUGAGUCUGAGAAAGGAGAGAUGGGGAGGAAAGAGAAGAAAUCAAUGGCUCUGAUAUUCAGAUAUGCUGAUUGGCUUGAUGUUUUGCUGAUGUUAUUGGGUACUGUAGGAGCAAUUGGAGAUGGGUUGUCCACCAACUGUCUGUUGCUCUUUGCAAGCAGGAUAAUGAAUAGCUUGGGGUAUGGUAACACCACAGGAAAUCAUGAAAAAUUCAUGGAUGAGGUUGAAAAGUGUGCUCUUUAUUUUGUGUACUUGGGAUUGGCAGUCUUGGUGGUGGCUUUUAUGGAAGGGUAUUGUUGGAGUAGAACCAGUGAAAGGCAGGUACUGAGGAUUCGCUACAAAUAUCUGGAAGCUGUUCUUAGACAGGAAGUUGGGUUCUUUGAUUCCCAAGAAGCAACCACUUCUGAGAUUAUCCACAGCAUAUCCAAAGACACUUCACUUAUACAAGAGCUUCUUAGUGAGAAGGUGCCUCUCUUUUUAAUGCAUUCAACAGUAUUCUUCUCAGGACUAGCAUUCUCCUCUUACUUCUCAUGGAGACUAUCUUUGGUAGCAUUUCCAUUGCUGGCUUUACUGAUAAUACCUGGUCUAAUCUAUGGGAAAUACCUACUCUAUCUUUCCAAGAAGUCCCGCCAAGAAUACAGCAAGGCAAACACUAUAGUAGAGCAAGCACUAAGCUCAAUCAAGACCGUCUAUUCAUUCACUGCAGAGAAGAGUAUUGUAGAGAGAUAUUCAGCCAUAUUGGAUAGAACUGUCAAGCUGGGCCUCAAGCAAGGUCUUGCAAAAGGGCUGGCAGUUGGAAGUACUGGGCUUUCUUUUGCAAUAUGGGCUUUUCUGGCUUGGUAUGGGAGUAGACUGGUCAUGUAUAAAGGAGAGAGUGGUGGGAGGAUUUAUGCGGCUGGGAUUUCCUUCAUCUUGGGUGGCCUAUCACUGGGAGUAGCUCUUCCUGACCUCAAGUACUUCACAGAAGCAUCCAUUGCAGCAACCCGAAUCUUUGAAAAGAUCGACCGGGUCCCCAUGAUCGACGGUGAAGAUACCAAAGGCCUAGUCCUGGACGAGAUUCGCGGCGAGCUUGAGUUCGAGCAUGUCAAGUUCACAUACCCAUCACGACCCGAUUCGAUCAUCUUGAAAGAUUUCAAUCUCACCGUGGGUGCAGGGAAGACGGUAGCAUUUGUUGGGUCGAGCGGUAGCGGGAAGUCAACCGCGAUCGCACUGGUGCAACGGUUCUAUGAUGCGGAUGAAGGGGUGGUGAGAAUAGACAGUGUGGAUAUAAAGAAGCUGCAACUUAAGUGGCUUAGAGGGAAGAUGGGCCUCGUUAGCCAAGAACAUGGACUUUUUGGGACGUCUAUCAAGGAGAAUAUCAUGUUCGGGAAGCCAGAUGCUACCAUGGAUGAAGUGUUCGCAGCGGCUAUGACUGCAAAUGCUCACAACUUCAUAAGGCAGCUUCCCGAAGGCUACGAGACUAAGGUAGGAGAGCGGGGAGCACUUCUAUCAGGAGGGCAGAAGCAAAGGAUUGCAAUUGCGAGGGCUAUAAUAAAGAACCCAGCCAUUCUUCUCCUCGACGAAGCCACCAGCGCCCUUGACUCCGAGUCUGAAAAGCUGGUCCAAAAUGCUCUCGACCAGGCUUCCCUCGGAAGAACUACUCUGGUGGUAGCGCAUAAGCUUGCAACAGUAAGAAAUGCAGACCAGAUCGCAGUCAUCAAUGAUGGCCGGAUCAUUGAAAUUGGCUCCCACAACGAUCUGAUCCUUCGACAAAAUGGCCACUAUGCACGGCUAGCGAAACUACAGAGGCAAUUCAGCUGUGAUGAUCAAGAUUCCAUGAUGGAAUCACAUGCGACUUCCGUCGCAAGAAGCAGUGCGAGCAGACUGAGCAUUGCCAAAUCAAGCCCUGGUUCCUUCAUCUCAGCAUUCCCUGAAGAAAACCCAGAUCCCAUCUCUCAUCCCCCUCCAUCUUUCCGCCGCCUUCUCUCAUUGAAUUCACCUGAAUGGAAGCAAGCUCUAAUGGGUAGCUUCUCUGCGGUUGUCUUCGGUGCCAUCCAACCCAUUUAUGCGAUCACCGUCGGCGGUGUGAUCGCAGCCUACUUCCUCCCAAGCCACAGCGAAGUGCGGUCCCACAUCCGCAGCUAUUCCUUAAUCUUCUUCUCACUCUCAAUCCUCUCCAUCAUCGUCAACCUCUCACAGCACUACAAUUUUGCCUACAUGGGAGAGCGCCUAACAAGAAGAAUCAGACUAAGGAUGCUCGAGAAGAUCCUAACGUUCGAGACCGCAUGGUUCGAUGAAGAGCAAAACUCGAGUGGUGCACUGUGCUCUAGGCUAAGCAAUGAGGCUUCAAUGGUGAAAUCACUUGUUGCAGAUAGGGUCUCAUUGCUUGUGCAAACCUCAUCUGCUGUGAUAAUCGCAAUGGUGAUGGGCCUCAUCGUGGCAUGGAAGCUCGCUCUAGUCAUGAUCGCCGUCCAACCGCUAACGAUCCUAUGCUUCUACACUCGAAAGGUUCUACUCUCAGGCCUUUCUAUAAACUUCAUCAAGGCGCAGAGCCAGAGCACCCAGAUUGCAGUCGAGGCCGUGUGUAAUCAUCGGAUCGUUACAUCAUUUGGAUGCAUAGAGAAGUUGCUCCAUCUUUUUGAUGAGGCUCAAGAGGAUGCAAGGAAGGCAGCAUCGAAGAAAUCAUGGCUGGCAGGGAUAGGCAUGGGAUCAGCCCAGUGCUUGACAUUCAUGUGUUGGGCAUUGGACUUUUGGUAUGGAGGGAAAUUGGUCGAAUCCGGCCAGAUAUCAGCGGGUGCCGUCUUCAAGACAUUCUUCAUCUUGGUGAGUACUGGGAAGGUUAUAGCAGAUGCUGGAAGCAUGACAUCCGAUCUAGCCAAGGGUGCGACUGCUGUGGCGUCGGUGUUUGAGGUGCUAGAUAGGCAAUCCUUGAUUACAGGAUCUUACCAGGCUAGCGACAACGGGGCUGGGGGCACCAAGCUACAAAAGAUAUGUGGGAGGAUAGAGAUCAAGAAGGUGGAUUUUGCAUACCCAACCCGGCCACAGAGCCUAGUGCUGAAUGGGUUCUGCUUGGAGGUGAAGGAGGGCACAAGUGUGGGUCUGGUGGGCCGGAGUGGGUGCGGUAAGUCGACGGUGAUAGGCUUGAUCCUGAGGUUCUAUGAUGCUGAGAAGGGAGUGGUGAAGAUAGAUGGGAUUGAUAUAAGGGAAUUGGAUAUAGGAUGGUAUCGGAGGCACACCGCGCUUGUUAGCCAAGAGCCGGUGAUAUUUUCAGGCACCAUACGUGACAACAUUGUAUUUGGGAAGCCAGAAGCAUGUGAGAAUGAGGUGGUGGAAGCUGCCAGAGCUGCUAACGCGCAUGACUUCAUAUCAUCGCUUAAGGACGGCUAUGAUACGGAAUGCGGUGAAAGAGGAGUGCAGUUAUCUGGGGGCCAGAAACAGCGGAUCGCAAUCGCCAGAGCUAUCAUAAGGAAUCCGACGGUUCUCUUGCUAGAUGAAGCGACAAGUGCACUGGACGUGCAAUCUGAACAAGUAGUGCAGGAAGCCCUUGAUAGGAUAAUGGUGGGGCGAACCACCAUUGUGGUGGCCCACCGUCUCAACACCAUUAAGAAGCUGGAUUCGAUCGCAUUCGUUGCAGAAGGAAGGAUUAUGGAGCAAGGGACCUAUGCACAACUCAAGAGCAAGCGAGGGGCCUUCUUUAACCUUGCUAAACUUCAAUCAUGAAAGUUCAUAUUGUAACAUAAAAAUGAGUGUAUUAUGUGUAGUAUUUUAGCUAAAUAGUAACGAUAGAAACCCCAUAUUUAAUAAUUCAGGUUGAGAAUGGAUGCUCUAAGAGGCAUAAGGAAGGUUUUGAGAGACAA